UCUUUCUAACUCAUAAACCCAUAAGCCAUAACCAUUAUUAUGGCAAUGGUUACUUCAACACUUCAUCAUUGUUGUUCUCUCUUUCUUCUCCUUCUGCUUCUUCCUCUCGUUCCCACUGUUUUUACCUACACCAAAGAUGACUGUAACAUAUUGCUGAACUCACCGGCUUCAGUUACAGACCAAGAUAUUAAUCCAUUAUUCACGUCGCUUUCAGGUGAAUUUUCCUUUGGAUUCCGCCAUUUUCAAAUCAAUGAGAAAGAGUCUCAAUUCUUGCUUGCAGUUUGGUUUACUAAAACAAAGGACCAAACCAUAGUUUGGUCUGCAAAUGGCAAUGAUCCAGCACCACAAGGUUCUACACUGACGCAGAAUAGCAGCAGUGCAUUUGUUCUCAAUGACCCUAAUGGCAAUGAGUUAUGGAAGGCUCCAGGGAAUGGUUCCAAAUCCAGUUGUGCGGCUCUACUGGACAAUGGGAACUUGGUGAUCUUAGAUGAGCAGUAUAAUUCUAUAUGGGAAAGCUUCAAAGAGCCUACUGAUACGAUUUUGCCUGGCCAAAUACUGUACAUGAAUACCACACUCAGGUCUCGAGAAUCUGAGACAAAUUAUUCAAAAGGGCGUUUCCAGCUUUCUUUUCAGAUUGAUGGCAAUUUCGUGCUUUACUCUCUUUCUAUGCCAUCUGAAGCCCUUGAGAAGGCUUAUUUUGCCACCGGCACAACGAACUGGGAAUCACAGUUGAACUUUACUGAGGAUGGAUACAUGUAUAUCCAAGAUGCAAAUACAAACAGAGUGUACAACCUUACCAAGGAAAGUCCUGCAGGCUCAAAAGAAAAUUUCUACUACUUGGCUAGGAUUGAUUAUGAUGGUGGCUUCAGAUUGUACAACCACACCAGAAAGGUGAGCAACCCAAGUGAGAGCUGUUCUUCAUCAUGGACUGUAGUGCAAAGCAUUCCCAGUGAUAUUUGUGCUACAUUCACUGGUGAUGCUGCUGCUGUUGGAGGUGGGUUUUGUGGACCGAACGGAUAUUGCCGUACCGCAGGUGAUUCUAGUGGGAAUGGGCCAGCAUUUUGCUUUUGUCCUGAGGGAUUUUCUCCCUUGGACCAAUCCAAUAAUUUUGCAGGCUGCAAACCAGAUUUUUUAUUGCCUAGCUGCCAAAUUGGAUGGGAAAGGCAAAAAGAAAAUAUAGAGUUUAAAAUGCUUCAAAAUGUGAAUUGGCCGUUCACAGAUUACGGUCGUGUUACCGUGGCUAAUGAGGCAGAGUGUAGACAGCUAUGCCUUGACGAUUGCUUGUGUAUUGUGGUCAUCUAUGAAGGUAACGGUAAUCAAUGUUGGAAGAAGAAGUAUCCUCUGUCCAAUGGAAUGUAUCUAGAAAGUAAUACUAGCAAAGUUCUCAUCAAGACACCUAAAAUUAUAGAUUCAGAUAAGAAACACCAGUCUAUGGUAGUUGUCUUGGCACUACUCCUUGGCAGCUCUGCAUUUCUUAAUAUCCUUUUCUUCUUAGGUAGUAUUGUGGCUAUUAUCUAUUUGUACCACAAAAGGCUCAAUUCGCAAUGGAAUAUUGAUAGAACACUUACAACAAAUGUGAGAAGCUAUACAUAUAAAGAGCUCGAAGAAGCAACGAAGGGCUUCAGGCAAACAGUGGGAAAAGGAGCUUCCGGAACUGUUUAUAAAGGAGUUCUUCCAUCAGAUUCUAAAAGAUUUGUUGCAGUCAAGAAGUUAGGUAAGGUGGUAGAAGAAGGUGAAAAGGAAUUCAAAACGGAAGUGAGCGUCAUCGGUCAAACUCAUCACAAGAAUUUAGUCCGUUUGCUCGGCUAUUGUGAUGAGGGGCAGCAUCGGCUUCUGGUCUAUGAGUACAUGAGUAAUGGCUCUUUAGCUAGCUUUCUCUUUGGGAUAUCCAGGCCUCAUUGGAACCAAAGAGUGCAAAUUGCUUUUGGAAUAGCACGAGGCCUAAUGUACUUACAUGAAGAGUGCAGUACCCAAAUCAUCCACUGCGAUAUAAAGCCUCAAAACAUACUUCUAGAUGAGUACUUUACGCCAAGGAUUGCUGAUUUUGGAUUAGCAAAGCUUUUGUUGGCAGAUCAAAGUCGAGCAGCUCGUACAGCAAGAAGAGGGACAAUUGGAUACUUUGCACCUGAAUGGUUUAGGAAAGCAUCCAUUUCGGUUAAGGUUGAUGUGUACAGUUUUGGUGUGAUGUUACUAGAGAUCAUUUGCUGCAAGUCUAGUGUAGCAUUUGCACUAGGAGAAGAGGAGGCAUUGAUAGAUUGGGCUUAUGAAUGCUACAAAGAUAAAAAAUUAGAUGUGUUGAUAGAAGAUGACGAGGAGGCAAAGAAUGACAUGAAGAGGCUAGAAAGGUUUGUGAUUGUGGCGAUUUGGUGUAUUCAAGAAGAUCCUUCACUGAGGCCCUCGAUGAAAAAGAUCACACAAAUGCUCGAGGGAGUGAUUGAAGUUUCUGUGCCCCCAAGCCCUUCAUUGUUUACUUCUUCUCCCCCUUCAUUCAAAAAAUAGGACAUCUUGAGUUUUGAUUGCCCCAUAGUUAACCAUUUGUGGUAUAUGACAAUGGCUGACUUUGUACAUCUAUUUUCAUCUAAUUUUCUAACUUUUAGGUUUAGGCUAGGGUUGUUAUUUCCUUAGGUUGGAAUAAAGCUAUUGUCAUUCAUAACAUUUUAGAGAGUCCUCUCCUAUAGUUUUUAGUAGAUUCAAAAAUUCUCUUUGUGAAUUCAAGGAUUUUUAUGUUGAAGCAGAUAUGUUCUGCAUGUUAAUUAUAGCUUUCUACCUCUGUCAACUGAAUAUAGCCAUCCUUUUUUAA